UCGACGCGACGCGCUCCUCCAGAGCACGUCGCACACACCUGUCGCUGUUGGAGCACCGAGCGCACACCCGAGCAUAACCGAGACAACAAGUGCCGGGCUUUUUAACACUCGUACGAAGUUUCGUUCGCCGUUUACCGGCCCCUUUCUACCCUGGUGAUUUAUCCCGAGUUUACACCCCAAGAGUCCUUCCCGUCCCAUGGUUCCCUAAUCGCCGCGGAUGGUAGCUUGGAUUUGACUUUCCAAAUCGCGGACCCGAUCCCGUGUCAUCCCGUCGAGUGAUUUAGCAUCCGCUGCAGGGGGAGGAGAAAAACGGAGGGAGGAAAGCAAGCAUGCGUCGAGACACCGGAGACCAGAGGAUACGCUCUUGCUGCCUAUCGCAACUCGCUCCCCGAGCGUACUGACCAAAUCCCCCCUCCUCGUUUGCAGAAAAAUAAUUUAGAGGGAUAAAUAGAGGAAGGAAGAUACUUGGAACAGUUCGCGUAUGGUUUCAGGACUCAUUCGACGAAAGCACGCGCAAAUCGGUGAAGGGUUUUUGCGUCGGUAGAAAGGACUGUGAGUUCUCGUUGAAUGGCGUAAUCAGCUGUUCUUGGUAAAAAGUUUCGCCAAUAUUCAACCCCGCGAAUCCCGUUACGGCGAUAUACAUAUUUUAUUUUAUUUAUUUUUUUUUUCAUCGUGACGUGGUAAAAGGGUGAGAAACAAACAGGAAGAAAGACAAUCGAAGCUCGCGCAUUGACAGCGACAUGCAUCACACGGCGCCCUGGUACCUCCCUUGGGGUCUGAAGUUGGUGCCGCUGCCGAUACCCCCGGGACAUCCCGCCUCGAGUAUUCCUCAUCCUGGGCUCCAUCUUUUGGCACCGUUGCACGGACUUUAUGCUCCGGAUCCCCAGAAGGUUGACUUGAAGCCCCUGAGAGAGCCCGUGAUAACGACAGCUGCGCCGAAACUUACGGAGAAGCGAAAGGCGGAGGACGCCGACGCGAAUAAGGAUCUGAAAAAGGCAAAGCUAGAAACUAAAGCGCUGAAAGCCAAGAGGCCUGGUUUUACCGACGAGCGAUACAACGAGACGAGUUACUACGUUGAAAAUGGACUCAGAAAAGUUUACCCGUAUUACUUCACCUUCACGACGUUCACGAAAGGGCGCUGGGUGGGUGAAAAAAUCCUUGAAGUAUUCGCGAGGGAGUUUCGCGCCCAUCCGGCCGAGGAGUACGAGAGGUGCAUCAGGGCAGGAACGCUGACGGUUAACUACCAGAGGGUCGAGAUCGACUACAGACUCCGGCACAACGACCUUCUAGCGAACGUCGUCCACAGACACGAGGUGCCGGUCACCUCGGAGCCGAUCACUGUGGUGCACAUGGACGAAGACUUGGUCGUGGUCAACAAGCCCGCAUCUAUCCCUGUACAUCCUUGCGGGCGGUACCGGCACAACACGGUCGUGUUCAUCCUGGCCAAGGAGUACAACCUGAAGAAUCUUCGCACCAUUCACAGGCUUGACAGAUUAACCAGUGGAAUUUUACUCUUUGGACGAACGCCGAAGAAAGCUAGACAAAUGGAGCAUCAAAUUAGAAAUAGACAGGUUCACAAAGAAUAUGUCUGCCGUGUUGACGGUGAGUUUCCGGAAGAUGAGGUAGUCUGCGCGGAACCGAUCGAGGUGGUAUCGUACAAGAUCGGAGUCUGCAAAGUGUCGGAGAAGGGCAAGGAUUGCGUGACAACGUUCAAGCGGUUAAGUUUUAACGGAAAAUCAUCGGUGGUACUGUGCAAACCGCAGACAGGUCGCAUGCAUCAGAUCAGAGUGCACCUUCAGUACCUGGGGUACCCGGUCGUCAACGAUCCUCUCUACAACCACGUUGUAUUUGGUCCGAUGAAGGGAAAGGGUGGGAACAUCGGAAAGACGGACGAAGAACUGGUCAAGGAUUUGAUUGGUAUUCACAAUGCCGAGAACUGGCUGGGGAUGGACGGAGACUCCGAAAUGAGUCUGUUCAAACCGAAACUCGAUAUCGAGGACCAGGUAUUAGCCACGAACGACAAGGACGCCGCCUCGCCUUCCUCCUCACCCAGCCCACCCGAGGAGGACCUGAAAGCCCUCAAAGUCACAGUCGGAACACAGACUGGGUCGGAACCUCCGGACUCAAGUUUUGCAAAUGAAAAAGUAACGACGGAUCCCCACUGCUACGAGUGCAAAGUGAAGUACAGGGACCCGAAACCCUCCGAUCUUGUGAUGUACUUGCAUGCGUGGCGUUAUCGCGGUCCAGGUUGGGAAUACGAAACACCUCUGCCCGCCUGGGCAGGCACGGAUUGGGGAAGAGAGUCGCCAGCUACCGAGGAUUGAUGACGAUAUUUUUAUUACUCUGUAUUUUGACCUGAACAGUUUCAAGAAUAUUCUUUUCAAUAUCCUUAUACCCCGUGCCUUCCAUAUUCGUUGUGAGCCAGGUGUUAGUCUAAUGCCUCCCACGUACGGAACUCGAUUUUCAAUUACGCGAGAAAAGUGGCGAUAUUUGAGUCCGGCUAAUUUGUGGGGGAGGACGUCGUUUUCCCAACAAUCAGCAUAAUCUUCCCGUACCUCGAGUAAGAGGUAAAUAUGAUCAGCGAGCUUACCAUAUCGUAGAUUCAUUAUCGAUAAUGAAUAAUGCAAAGAAAAUUGAAUAUUACAAUUUAUCGUUUGUUUCGUCGUUCGCGUACUUAGCCACUUAAUUUUAUUUUAUUUUCAUUUUUCUCCCUUACUCAUUAUACUUUUACCAUGCAAUUUGUUACCCGUAUUAAUAAAUGAGUCGACUAUUGUUAUUAUUACUUAUUAAUAUUACUGUUAUCAUCAACCAUUCGCUGGUAGAAUAUUACUAAUUAUCAUUGUAAUUGUUUAUUCUACAAAACUGUCGAGUGGAUAGUUUUAAUCAAUUCAAUAUACGCAAAGCAAUGUAGAACACUUUGAAUUCUGAGACAAUAUAUCAAACUAUAUUUUCUCAACUCAAUUACAUUAUACCAUUGCUUAUUUAGACACCGAAAUUCUCUGCAUUCGAGAUUCAUUAUAGUCAUUUAAGAAAGAAUAAUAUCAAAAACAAAUAAGAAAUGGACUUGGAAAAGAAAAUGAGUAACAGUAAAAUAUAAAUAUCGAAUGGAAAUCUAUACAUAUGCAGGUAUACAUUGUAGAUCAUACGGUAUAUUAAGAGAUUUAAAGAGAUUUAAAAAGAAAAGAUGAUGAGAAAAUUCUUUUGAACCACUAUAAUGAACACCUAUCACAAAAGACAGUGUGCGUGCUUACUAAUCCGUAAAUAAUAUAAUUGAAAUGCAACUGCAUGUAACGAUACGUAUAUCAUACUUUAUUUAAAUACUAACGAUAUUUAUAUGCGAAAAAGACAGUCCAUUUAUUUGGCAUAAAACUAGACAUCAAGUCUGCUGUUGUAAGUGAGGCGAGAGCUUUUGUACAUACUGUAUUCCUACGCAUAUUAUUAUGGCAUAAUAUUAUGGAUUGUAUUCAAGCGAUAUACGUGUAUGAUACUAUGAUAUAUUAUAUCAAUGUUAUUAUUGUAUCGUGCGGUAGUCAGCAUAAAAACGUUAGAAUUAGUGACUUUUAUUGUAUAAUAAAGCCCAAAAUGAAUGAAAA